AUGGAUCCAUCGAAGCGCAUCUGCAUUAAGAACCUCCCGCCACAAUGCACAAAGCGAGAGAUCGCGGAGUUUGUCCGCAACCGCACCGGAGCGCAGCCCCACAGCAUUGAUCUCGGCCUCGACAGCGACGGCAACGUCCGCCGCUACGCGCACUUCUCCGUAGAGGGCGCGAAGAACGUCGUGCCUGCCCUCACCGGCGCCAUCUGGCGCGACGAGGUGGUGGUGGCCCUGCACGCAAAGCCACACUACACGUACCGGCUCGCUGAGGCGAAGCGGCGUCGAGAGCGAGAGGAGGCGGAGGAGCAGGCUCAGCUUGAGGCGUUCUGGCAGAAGCACACCGAGAGGUGGCGCGCCAAGACGGGCGGUGAGCUGCAGAAGAAAAAGCCUCCCAAGUCCUUCUACGCGACACGGCAGCGCUACAGUGAAGUGGCGGCUGCCAUUGCAAAGCGGCUUCGCGAGGAGUACUACAACAAGAACCCCGCCGGGCACCACCGCCGGCACGUGGAGCGUUGCCAACAACAGCCGCAUCGGCAGCAGCGUGGGGAGGAAGGGGGUGAGGAGGCACGGACUGCCGGGGACACGGCAGACGAUGCAUACCCGCAACGGGCAGCAGGUGGUGCUAAGGAUAAUCAGCAUUACAAGCACCCACGUGGCAAAGGUGUCAUCCCUGCGCGGGAUGUCAAGAGGCGCAAGACGGAGGGUCCCGUGGCGCAGCCAAAGAAGCAGGAACAACAGCAAGAGCCGCAGCAGCCUGCGGGGCCUUCAAAAGAGGAGCGUAAAUUGUCGGUGUUGCAGGCGAAGUUAGCGGCUCUCCGUGCUAAGAUGAAGUAA